GCCCAUAGGAAGCAGAGAUCACUGGAUACCACAAAGGAAACAACUAAUUUUGUAUGUCACCAAGACAAAUUCCUUGUAUGUGUAAGCAUACAUCGCAAUAAAGCUGAUUCUGAUGUCUUAAUCAACAAUAGUUUAAUCAAUUGGGACUUUUUUUCAAAGUGUUCUUCAUAUCCAAAAACCAUGUCGGCCCCGCCUGCGGCAGGCACCUUCGGCCCUUCCGCGCCCCCUGCAAGCAUGUUCGACAUUGUCCCGGGAUAUGAGGGAACUAUGGCUGGCGGAGGUGGUGGGUAUCUUCCACCUCCAAUGCCAUCUGUACCAACCCCUGCGCCCGAGCCUCCCCCCAACCAACCUGAGUGGCUAAUUCCUUCCAUCUCAGAGGAAAGAGCCCGAGAAGCUCUUGCAACAUAUGUCGCUAGCAAGUGUUGCUACAGCUCUUCCCCGGUCAAAGAAGGAGUUAUAACCAACAUGGAAUCCUUUAAUACUUACAGGUACCGUUUGGAAACGUUCACAGAGUCCAGAUCUACUGAAUGGAGUCAGGAGCCUUAUUCGGGGCAGCCUGUGGAUGCUGGUGCUCAACCAGCUCCAGGACCAUGGCAGAUCGCAGUUCAAGCUCCAGCCUUCUUUAAAGAGCACAAGCAGACUAUGAAAGUGCCUUUUACUUCCUCUGUCAAGAACUGUCAUUCGUGUCUUGGAAUGGGAAGAAGCCCGUGUUCCACCUGUGCUGGAGCUGGAAAUAAAGUCUGCUGGGUGUGUAACGGUUCUGGUCAUCGUAUGGGUGACGACCGCUGCACGCACUGUAAUGGGCGUGGACGUGAGAACUGUAGUUCAUGCAAUGGCAAUGGCUCUUGUCAGUGUGACACCUGCCAUGGAAAGAGACAGCUGCUCGUCUUCAUCAAUCUCAAUGUUAAAUGGAGCACAGAGAAGGAUGAUUUUUUAGCACAACAGUCAAGUGGUCUGAAAGAGCACAAUCUUGAGAGAGUUUCCGGAAAGGAGCUCUUCAAAGACACCCAGUAUAUGCUAUAUCCAGUGAUGGGUUUCCCAGAUGCCUCUCUUGUUCAAGCAUCUGAGCGUUUAGUAAGAGACCACCAGGUGAAAUUUGCCCAAACCUCCCGCAUAUUACAACAGAGGCAGACAAUAGAGCUCAUUCCCAUUACCAAAGUAAACUACAUGUGGAAAGGAAAACCCCAUGUUUACUUUGUGUAUGGAAAUGAGUUUGAAGUGAACGCUGAUGACUACCCCGCCACCUGCUGCUGUUCUGUGAUGUAACUUUGAAAACUCUGACAUAUGUCAUUUUUGGGGGCUGAUGUAACUCCACAAUUAUUACAUCAUAAUUAUAUCCAAACAUCACAAUUGUUGCCUUCACAUCUCUCACACUCACAAAACAUAACCUGUCAGAAUUGGGCAUCAUCAGUAAAAGUAGCCAAGUGUGAAUUACUACAUUUUCACUCCAAGGAUCUGUUCAGGAAUCUGAAAUAUACAAGAGCUUGUAGUACAAAUUUGUAUGAUAAAAUAGUCUGUAGUAAGACUUUAGUAAAAAUAGUGUAAUGAGAUCAUGUUGAAUUAAAAUAAACUAAGUUUUGAGACAAAACAUCACCACAUUGCCCCCCCUUUUGGGUAACACUUUACAGUAAGGUUGUUUACGUUAACAUCAGUUAACUACAUUAGUAACAAUACUUUAACAUUAAAAUGUAAAAAAGUGCUUAAUUUUAACAUACUAAUAAACUUGUAAAUGUUAACAUUAGUUAACGAACAAUGAAGAACAAUUUUAUUUUGAUAAAUUAACAUUUAAAUAUGACUAAUACACUUUGUAAAAAUAUAUAGAUUUUUGUAAGUUCAUGAUACCUAAAGCAUUUACUACUGUUUUAUUGAAAUGUUACCUUUUUUGUAUUUUCAUUCUCCGUUACAAAACUGUCACAUUCUGUUCUACUGUACAAAAGUACAUUCAGUUUGUGUGUGUGCGCAGCAGGGGAUGAUCUACAUGAAACAACAUUUGCUUAUGCACUUUUGUGAAAUAUUUCCUUUUGUAUUUUUACUUUUUAAUAUAACAGAUAUGGUAUGUGAUAAUUGGGGUCUGUUAGUGAUAUAUUUUACACUAAGUAUUUUUCAAUUAUUGCAUUGGUAUGGUCAUUCCUUUCUGAAAUAUUAUAUUAAAGAUAUUUUAGAUGUUUUGCAUUCACAUUCAAGGAAACAACUUUUAUUCAGAAUUCUUAUUAAUAAACCCCAAAAUAACUUCCCCAAAAAAUUGUUAAUUUUUUUUAUUUUCAGAAGAUACAAAUCUCUACCAUGAGGUUGAGAUGUCAGUUUAUGGUAAAUCUUGCCUUAAAUGGCCAUUACGAUUUCUUGGUCUUUCUAUGUAAAAUAAACAGCUUUUAAUUGUAUUUGCCAGUCUUGGAUGCAUUUCAUAAUUUAGCAGGAACUCCAUGAAAGGAAAUCUACAACGAAUUGCAACAAUAUCCCUCCAUAAAUUGUUGUAUGGCAGUCCAUAUAAAACAUCCAGACAUGCAUGCAACUCACAUUUAUUACAACUCAUAUUUUGUGUUCAAUCAAGUUCAUGAACAGUGUUUUUAAACAGUUAAAAUGCUAAUCUUUCUUAUAAUUACAUUUCUAUUUAUUCCUUCUAUGCCA